GUCGCAUCUCACCGCAUCCCAUCGCAUCUCAUCGCAUCUCAGGGCUUCUCACCGCAUUUUUUACCGCAUCUUACCGCAAUGGCCAACCAGAGGGAGCAGCGCUUUCCCGCCUCGGUGCGACUCAUCGGGGUGAUGCACAAGGGUCCGAGCAGGGUGUUCAUGACCUCAGUGUUUUGGUCAGACCAGACUGAAAUAAUUGUGUACAGAUCAUUUCAGGAGUUUAAGAAGCUCCAUAAGCGGCUGAAGAAGAAAUUCCCUCCAGAAAACCCGUUCCGGAGAUCAGAUAGAGUUCUGCCAAGUUUCAGAGCAAAAACCAUAAAGAACAACUUUCAGAAGAAGGGUCCCAGCAAAUCAGUGCUUCGCUUGAAGUCCCUCGAAAAGUACUGCGGCGAACUGCUGUCCUGUGAUCCCAAUGUGGCACAGAGUGCCGAGGUGGUCCAGUUCUUCCUGCCACAAAACCGCGACCUGGAGCCAGACUAUGGAAAGAACAGCUUUGUUAUCAUGCCGUCGGACGACCCCUCAGAAGGCGAGGCAUCAAACGAUGGCAAACGUCACAGCAUGGGAAACAUUACGCAGCCCUUCGUGGCUGAGACAUACCGGUGUGUGGCCCCCUACGAGACUAAGGACACCAAGAACCGACCCUUCAGCAUAGCUGUCAACGAGGCAGUGGAUGUGCUCAUCAAAGACAAAGCCGGAUGGUGGCUGGUGGAGAAUGAUGAGAAACGCUUGGCCUGGUUCCCGGCACCUUUUCUCGAGACAUGUGAGGAUGACGAAGAAGAUGAAGAAGACGAGGAUGAAGGUGCGCUGUUCUGCGUGGUGAGGAACUUUCAGUCCUCCAAAGACGAUGAGCUGUCUGUGAACAUCGGCUCUAAGGUGCAAGUGCUGCAGAAGUCAGACAAUGGCUGGUGGCUCGUCAGACACCACGGUAAGGCUGGGUACGUGCCCUCCAUGUACCUGCAGCCGUACACCAACCCACACGUGCGCCUGCAGGCUGUGCAGAAGGACAUGCGCAGCUCCUCCCUUUGCCUGGCCCAGCUGCACUUCUCAGAGCCUAGACUCCAGGAGACCCUGCAGCUGCCCCCCAACAACCGCAAGGAGAGCUGCCCGAGGCCUAGCCCAAAACAGAGGUCACGCUCCAUGGAGCUCCUGUCGGAGUCCCUCGGCAGCAGCACGCCUCCGAUCUCGGAAGAGCUUCCAGGGCCCAAGAGCCACCCGAGCACCGACAGCGAGGGCAGCGAGGGCAGCGAGUUCAGCUUCAGCGACGACAUCAGCUCCUCGGGCAUCGACUCCGUCGGCGCAAGCCGCUCGGAUGGGGAGGAGCCCAGCUGCGCCCCUCAGGCCGAGCCGCACGGUGGGCGCCGUGGGUCGAACCCCCAAAAUGCUCCCUCCCCUCCAAAGAUGCCGCCGCGCCCACGACCACAAGAAAUUUUCAGCAGGUGCACGACCAUCACUCGCAAGGCUGCCCUCACCUACAAAGCCAACCUGUUUGCGGAAAACGUACAGAGCCGCGUUCGCUAGGUCAUAGGAGAGCGGAAAGUGGACAGUGAUGAGCUGACGAUACACUUAUAUAUAAAAAUAUAAAAUGAUAUACAAAAUAUUUAAAAAUGAUGAGGCUCAUUGAUAAAAAAAUCUCUUUUUGGUGCAUGUUUGUUUUAUCUGUGUUUACCUUGGCAAUGUAGCACUGCAGUGUCGA